AUGGUGGUGGUUUUUGGGAAUCGGUGUGAUAACAAGAACCAUGUUGAACUUGUUGAUCCUAAUGAUCAUUCCAAAUUUGAGUGCUGGCCAGUACCUACAUGUCAAGAGGGACAGGAACCAUCUGUAAAGCCGGGGUCGGUGCAUCCAAUGGCGACAGAUGUCUCCUGCAUACCUUGUGGUCAUGGUUGGUUUUCCAAUCAUGAGACUAACUUCAGAUGCCAGAAGUGUACAUCGUGUGGUAACAAGGAUGUUCGUGUAAACUGCUCGAUUUAUAGAGAUGCUGUUUGCUCAAAGAGUUGUAAAUCAAAGACACAUUAUUUUAAUGAAACUGAUGGUCAGUGCUACACUUGCACUGAAUGUUGUGGGAAAGACAUGUCAAACAUUGAACCACAUUGUUUAUUAAAAAAUUUACGUGUCGGUUCAGUGAUUGGACAAGCGGGGGAACUGCAUUGCAAAGUGUUAUCAUCUCAAAAAUGUGAUGAACCGUCGCAAAAUGUGUCAACUAAUAUUUCAUCUGUUAUUAAUAGUAACAGUGGUGUGUUGGAGAGAAACUGUAGUAGGCCAGAGAACAAUGUCACACUGCCAUCUACUGACAGCAAUCCUAGUGCCUCAAGAGAGGGACCUAGAUGCAGUUGGAACUCACGUCCCCACAUUCUACUCAUAUGUGGCUUAAUUUUGGUGGUAGUAAUUCUGUUAUUUCUUUAUAUAAGAGAACGAAAUAGAAGAUUAAUUCCAAGAAAUGAUUACUGGUAUCUUUCAUCUUUGGUGUGCUGCUCUCCAUGCAAGAACUCUUGCUUCCCAGGUUUGUCAGGUAUGUGUACAUUUAUAAUUUAUAAUUUACUAGAAAUAAUAAUAAUAAUUAUUUACUAAUAGAAAAAUUCAUUAGUUUGCUCCGCCUUGAGAAACAUUGAGGUUCUUGAGAAACAAUAAACUGUUUCCCUCGGGACCAGUCAUUAAGGUCAAUCGUUGGUCAAUGAGGGAUUUAUUAUAAUUUUAUGGCCAAAAAGAGAACUUGUUCUUGCAGGUCCAAUGCAGGAUAUUGAGAGCAGGCAAGAGAGGAUGGGCUUAUUUCGCCUGCUCUGGUUGCCAAUCACAAUGCAUACCAUAAUUCAUUUCAUAGCCAGCCCGCUUGUGGAUUCAGCCAUUUAAUAAAUAAGCUUCUGUGGGAUUCUUGGGGCAUUUGUUACCCUGAAAAGUGUAUGGAGGGGUGGGUUAAAUAAUUCUUGUAUUAGACUUUAUUGUCUGAUUCAAGGUCUUGACUUUUUCCCACACCUUUGGUAAUAUAGGCCCAGGAUGUAGUGCUGACUGCCAGAGAGCUAUGCUGGAAAGAAACACCUUUGAGGAAGAAUUGAACUGCGUUCCAGAGGGUGUGUGGCAAUUAUUGUUUAAACUGAUCAUCAAUAUUCUAAUUGCCCUUGUACAUGUAGAGCCAGACACAAUGAAAAUAAUUAAUAAUAAUUAUGCUCUAACUUGCUAUGUUUUGAUAAUGUUCUGCUCACUUUCUGCCUACAGAAAUGUAUUAUUUUAUAGUUUUUUAUGUACUGUAACUAAUACCCACCAAUGACUGAUGAAACUUGUCAGCUACUUAAUGCUCAGAGAAGUCAACCUUUCCCUCCCCCUAAAUUGAAAAAGAGAAAGAAAGACAUUCAGCCAAAAAUUUAAUUUGACGAACUUGAACAUACUUUUUACCUCAGUUUGAAAACAAUUUGAAGUUUGAGAAAGAUGAUAAAUUCAAUCAGUGAUACAGGCGGCUCAGACUGUGAAAAAUCCAGGUACUCCCAAUACUCCAUGCAAGAUUUGUCCAUGUGCAAAAUUAUUGUCUUUUCUUAAUAAUAUUUACUAACAAAAAAAUUCAUUAGUUUGCUCCACCUUGAGAAACAUUGAGAUUCUUGGGAAAUAAAAUUAACUGUUUUCCUCAGGACCAGUUAUUAAGUUAAAUCAUUGGUCAAUGAGGUAUUUAUUAUAUGGCCAAAAAGAGAACUUUUUCUUGCAGGACCAACGCGGGAAAUUCGGAGCAGGCAAGAGAGGAUAGGUUUAUUUCGCCCGUUCUGGUAGUUAAUCACAAUGCUUAAUUCGUUUCAUCUUGCCCGCUUGUGGAUUCAGCCACUUAAUAAAUCAGCUUCUGUGGGAUUCUUAGGGCAUUUUUUACCCUGAAGAGUGUAUGGAGGGGUGGGUUAAAUAAUUCUUGUAUUAGACUUUAUUGUCUGAUUCAAGGUCUUGACUUUUUCCCACUCCUUUGGUAAAAAAAUAUACCGGUAGGCCCAGGAUGUAGUGCUGACGGCGAGAGAGCUAUCCCGGAAAGAAAAACGGUAGAGGAAGAACUGAAGUGCGUUCCAGAGGGUGCGUGUCAAUUAUUGUUUAAACUGAUCAUCAAUAUUCCAAUUGGCCUUGUACAUGUAGAGCCAGACACAAUGAAAAAAUAAUUAAUAAUAAUGCUCUAACUUGCUAUAUGUGUUGAUAAUGUUCUGCUCACCUUCUGACUACAGAAAUGUAUUAUUUUAUAGUUUUUUUUAUGUACUGCAACUAAUACCCACCAAUGACUGAUGAAACUUGUCAGCUCCGUAAUGCUCAGAGAAGUCGACCUUUUCCCCCCUAAAUUGAAAAAGAGAAAGAAAGAUUCUGCCAAAAAUUUAAUUUGACGAACUUGAACAUACUUUUUACCUCAGUUUGAAAACAAUUUGAAGUUUGAGAAAGUGAUGCAGGCGGCUCAGACCGCGAAAAUCCAGAUACUCCUAAUACUCCGUGCAAAAUUUGUCCAUGUGCAAAAUUAUUGUCUUUUCUUAAUAUUUACUAAUGGAAAAAUUCAUUAGUUUGCUCCACCUUGAGAAAUAUUUAGAUCCAUGGGAAACAAAAUUAACUGUUUCCCUCAGGACCAGUUAUUAUGUUAAAUCAUUAGUCAAUUUUAGGGAUUUAUUAUAUGGCCAAAAAGAGAACUUUUUCUUGCAGGACCAACGUGGGAAAUUAGGAGCGGGCAAGAGAGGAUGGGCUUAUUUUGCCCACUCUGGUAGUCAAUCACAAUGCAUAAUUCGUUUCGUCUUACCCGCUUGUGGAUUCGGCCACUUGAAAAAUCAGCCUCUGUGGGAUUCUUGGGGCAUUUUUUACCCUGAAAAGUGUAUGGUGGGUGGGUUAAAUAAUUCUUGUAUUAGACUUUAUUGUCUGAUUCAAGGUCUUGACUUUUUCCCACUCCUUUGGUAAUACAGGCCCAGGAUGUAGUGCUGACUGCCAGAGAGCUAUGCUGGAAAGAAACACCUUUGAGGAAGAAUUGAACUGCAUUCCAGACGGUGUGUGUCAAUUAUUGUUUAAACUGAUGAUCAAUAUUCUAAUUGGCCUUGUACAUGUAGAGCCAGACAUAAUGAAAAUAAUUAAUAAUAUGCUCUAACUUGCUAUGUUUUGAUAAUGUUCUGCUCACUUUCUGCCUACAGAGAUGUAUUAUUUUAUAGUUUUCUUAUGUACUACAACUAAUACCCACCAUUACUGAUGAAACUAGUUACUUAUUGCUCAGAGAAGUCGACCUUUCUUCCCCCUAAAUUGAAAAAGAGAAAGAAAGAUAUUCUGCCAAAAAUUUAAUUUGACGAACUUGAACAUACUUUUUACCUCAGUUUGAAAACAAUUUGAAGUUUGAGAAAUUCAAAGAUGAUUAAUUUCAAUCAGUGACACAGGCGGCUCAGACCGUGAAAAAACCAAAUACUCCUGGCAAAAAAUUAAUUUGUCCAUGUGCAAAUUAUUGUCUUUUCUUAAUAAUUAUUUACUAACAGAAAAACUCAUUAGUUUGCUCCUUCUUGAGAAACAUUGAGAUUCUCGGGAAACAAAAUUAACAGACAGUGCUGGUCUGUUUCCCUUGCGACCAGUUAUUAAGGUGAAUCAUUGGUCAAUGGUCAAUAAGGGAUUCAUUAUGGCCCAAAAGAGAACUUUUUCUUGCAGGACCAAUGCAGGAAAAGCGGAGCAGGCAAGAGAGGAUGGGCUUAUUUUGCCCGCUUUGGUAGCCAAUCACAAUGCAUAAUUUGUUUCAUCUUGCCUGCUUGUGGAUUCAGUCAUUUAAUAAAUCAGCUUCUGUGGGAUUCUUGGGGCAUUUCUUACCUGAAAGGUGUAUGGAUGGGUGGGUUAAAUAAUUCUUGUAUUAGACUUUAUUGUCUGAUUCAAGGUCUUGACUUUUUCCCACAACUUUGGUAAUAUAGGCCCAGGAUGUAGUGCUGAUAGCGAGAGAGCUAUCCCGGAAAGAAAAACCGUAGAGGAAGAACUGAAGUGCGUUCCAGAGGGUGCGUGUCAAUUAUUGUUUAAACUGAUCAUCAAUAUUCCAAUUGGCCUUGUACAUGUAGAGCCAGACACAAUGAAAAUAAUUAAUAAUAAUUUAAUAUCAUUAUGCUGUAACUUGCACUGUUUUGAUAAUGCUCUCAGUCUGUUCACUUAAGUCUGCCUACAGAAAUGUAUUAUUUUAUAGUUUUUUAUGUACUGCAACUAAUGCCCACCAAUGACUGAUGAAACAUGUAGAUGUACAUGUGUAGAGCCAGACAUAAUGAAAAUAAUUAAUAUUAUAUGCAAAUUAAGCUCAAGUCAAGUUCAUUACUUUAUUUAGUUGACUUGUCGACAAAUAAGCUUAAAACUAAAUUUAAUAAUCUUUUUUACAGAAUGAUUUUAAAUACAAAAAGAAUUCACAACUCCUUUUGAGGAAAUUUCCCCGCAAGAGCUAAACAAUUGCCUUCAAAAGUUUUAUUUGUCGGCAAGAAAAGCGACGACCGUGGCCAUUUGGUCAUUAUGCGCCAAAAUUGUAAUCGAUGCAGGCAACAGUAAAUGGGUUAAAAAUCAUCAUUUUUGUGCCCAAUUAUCUCACUGUUUUAGCAUAAUUAUACUAAAACAAUUAUUCACCUCAGUGUCGGUGGCUAGUGGUGGCUAUUUACGUUGCCGCUAACGCGGCCUCUGUAUAUACCACCACUAGCCACCUCCACUUAGGUGAAUAAUUGUUAUUUAUUAUAUAGUUUUACUCCAUAUUCUUGGGAGGGAACCUGAAGGAGCUCAAGCAACAAUGAUGGUGACAGCUACAAAAACAUUACUUAUAGCCAAAUUCGUUGUACCGCGCUGUGCAUUUUGCAAAUUUCGAAGGAAUUUUGGGUGUUUCUGUUCCAUCAAUCAUCUUAGCGAACCUUUUAGGAAACACAUGUUUACUUGUGAUUGGUGCGUUUCAAUCCACUUUGUUUGUUUCUGUGUUUCAAUGUUCAUUCAUUUGCUUGUAAUCGCCCUGUUUCGCACUGUUUCGGGCCUUGAUCAACUAGUUUUCUUCGCAGCUUUUUAUGAUCUUUCUUAUUCUUGUCUCUUGCAAAAAUAAAUCAAUGUCUGCCUCCUGCCCUCAACAAAAUUUCAACUCAUCAUUGCAAUUUCCUUCGCUAUUCUUGAGCAGUUUAGGUUCAUUCUCAAUUUUGUUUUUGCGGGCCAAGUUAGGCAAAUGCAUGGCAUUAUGAUUUGUAUUAACUCCUGACCCCCACUCAAAUGAUUGAUGGAACAGAAAGACCCAUUCAAAGUUUGCAAACACGAAGCGUGAUACAACGAAUUAUUUUGGCUAUAAAUUCAAUAAAAGGUGUAUUGUCACUUCUUCAAACUUUAACACUCUCAUUCUAUCUCAUUCGAUCAGUUCGUCGAAAGACUAUCAAAGUUCAAGAAAAGAAAGAGAAAGUAGUUGUAUUGUGUUUUCACCCUCCACAAAAGGGCACUUUCAUGUCAUAGUCAUGCAGUUACGGCAAAGAAAUGAACAAAAAAGCAUUACGCACAUGCAAAGUUCUUCAGUUGUUAAACCUAUAUUUCUUUUUCGAGGCCACCACCAGGGUUUCCAAUAGAAAAGAUGAAUCUUAUGUUUACAAGCACUGAACGUUAGUUACAUUUUUCAGCCCAUUAAGAGUGUCAAAAAAGUGGGAAAUUUAUUCAUUUUAACCCAUUUGCCUCCCUGCCCACCACCAUAAAAGGGAGGAGAUAUUACUGACAUGUAUAUAAGCUUGCCCUACAUCAAUACUAUCAGGGGUGCCCUGAAAACCAUACCCUGGUGAGUGGCACAUACCCAUUUUAUAGGUCAAUGUGGGAGUGUCCCCUCCUGCGGCCUAGUCUAGGGUCAAUUUAUAGUUUUUAGAUGUUUAAUAGUGUAUAUUAUGCCUGAUUCAAGGGCCUGACUUUUUCCCAAACUUUUGCUAAUUUUUUAAAGGCCAACCUGACAGUGAGACAGCAGCUAGUUUAUUAGUGGGCUUUGAGGAAAAACUCCAGUACAUUCCAGAGGGUAAGUGUCAACAGAUCAAGAGUGUGGUGUUUUUUUAUUGACGAGCAUCACCUUAAAAUGUAUAAUAACCUAGUAGAUUUUUUGUAUUAAUCUUUAAUGUAUUUAUUUUCUCCAUUCUAUAUAAAGUAAUAAAUUAUUUUUGUUUUAUAAAUACAGUGAUAUUUAGAAAAAUCUACAUGCACAGAAGGUAAACAAAAAAAAAUAAUUAUGGAGAACAGCACAAUAUAGUAGAACCCAUAUUCAGUUAUGAGGCCCCUUAAACAAAAUAAUUUUGACUUUUCUAUGUGUAUGUAGCUCAGUUUAAUUCAUAUACAUGUACACAACUGCACACACAAACUACAGGAAUCAGUGUACUUAAUAUUAACAAUAAAGCUACACAUAUGAGGGAGCCAAAAAAUAAAUUUAAAAAAUAUGCAGCAAACAUCACAAAGCUGUAGAGCUGCUGAAAGACACAGCUCUAUGCUGACGGCUGACCUAACAGAAGAUUCAUAUACACUUCUCUCAAAAAGAAAAGUAGCUAAGGUGUAAAGCUGGUUAAAGGUUCUCAAAUAACGAUCUGAAGCAAAUAAUGCAAAUAGAACAAAGUCAUAAGAAGAUUAAUAACUCCAACUCGCAGGAGGCAAGCAGUUGCUUAUUAUUUUACAAAUGUGGUCAAGGAUUUGAACUCGAGAUGACUGAGAACAAAUCCAGCAUAGUUGCCAGAGCGGGACUUGAACCCAGAACCACCAGAUUGUGAGUCAGACGCAGUCACUACUCAGCUAUGCUGCUUCCAAUAUUAGUAUCAGUGCCAUAACACCAAAAACGUAGCUGUAUCAAAAUUAUAUGUUACAGGUAAAAUUUGAUUUCAGGUGAAAUUUUUUUAACCUAGGUUGAUUCUCAUUUUCCUUUGUCUUCUAGGGCUAUGAGACAUUGGAAAUUUACAAUCACCCAAGGUUGAAUCAAAAUAAACCUGAAUCAAAUUUGACUUGCAACAUAUACAUGUAUCAUAAUGAUUGGGUUCCUUUAUUUUCAGCACUGAGCAUUAACAGCAUACCUUUUAAAGUUGAGCAGAUCAUUCAGAAGCUAGAUGAAAGAAAGUCUUAUGCGAAUAACUGGUAUCAUGUAGCUCGGGAGCUUGGACUAUCUAUGGAUGAAGCUAACAGUAUAAAGAGUGAAGAAUACAGGGAAGGGGGAAGUCCAACUUCGGCAUUACUAUUUCAACUAACCACUUGGGAGAGUGUUGUUACUUUAAGACAAUUUGUACGUGCACUUUAUCAAUUAAGGCGACAUGACAUUUCCAAACUUAUCAUUGACUUCUACAGGAAU